AUGCUGAAAUCGACUAUUCUUAAAGGAAAACAGACUAGAGUUGUGCAGUAUGUCCAUAAUCCCAGUCUUCGAAAGCAUGGAAAUCUUGAAAAAUCCAUCGAUCACAGCGCACUCUAUGAUACAUUUUCUUGCUUUGGAUCCGUUCUUAGAUGGAAAGUGGCUACUGAUGCCUCUGGUGAGUCGAAAGGUUUUGGAUUUGUACAGUACAACACUCAAGAAUCAGCUCAAAAAGCCAUACAAAUUAUAAACGGGAUGCUUGUUAACGAAGAGUUAGUAUACGUUGGACCUUUUCUUCAGAGAGAUUCUCAAAGCGAAAAGGCGAUGUUCACAGAAAUUUAUGUCAAGAAUCUCUCCAAGUCCUUGACUGACGAAGAGCUCAACACGAUUUUUCGAGAGUUUGGACCUACGACGAGCUGUGUGAUCAUUAGGGAAGGUGAAGUUCUUCAAGGAAAGUCUAAAGGUUAUGGCUUUGUUAAUUUCGAGAAUCCAGAGGAUGCUAAGAAAGCUAUUGAGACUUUAAAUGGAAAGAAGGUUGAGGACAAGGAGUGGUUUGUUACGAAAUCGAAAAAGGCGUAUCAGAGGGAAUCUGAAUUGAAACGAGGUUUGAAAAACGCUAUCAGCAUGUCUCAUGAAUCGAACUUGUUGUGUGUUAAGAAUCUGCGUAAAUGCGUGACUAAAGAAAUCCUUGAAGACUUGUUUUCUUCCUAUGGAACUAUAACAUCUUGCAAGGUCAUGAGAGACUCUGAUGGAGUGAGUAAAGGAUCAGGGUUUGUUGCGUUUUCGAAACCCGAGGAAGCUUCUAAAGCUAUGGAGGAGAUUAAUGGAGAAACGAAUAUUAGAAGACAAAUCUAUGUGGAUUUAGCUAUAACACUUAGAAAUGCAACCCCAGAACAUCAGAGAACGAUGCUUGGUGAGAAUUUGUACCCGAUGGUGGAAGAAUUGGAACCAGAGUUUGCAGGAAAGAUCACAGGGAUGCUUCUUGAAAUGGACCAAACCAAAGUCCUUCACUUGUUGGAAUCAUCAAGUGCUCUCGAAUCCAAAGUCACAGAGGCAAUGGUGGUCCUGACAACUGUAAACCACCACCAGCAACAAUCGGAAGGAGAUGCAUCGGCGAAACACUCUGCUUCCGAUCAUCUGGAGACAGUGACAAAGUCUAACUCAAAACCCUCUCAAAGCCCAAAGUCACUUGACAAAAAGCCCAGCCCUCGAGCGCGUGAGAGGUCGGUCGUGUUGAUAAGCAACAUAUUUUCAUGA